CUGGAGCGGCAGCGUGGCAACAAGUAAGGCAGCACAGUCCCGGCAAUAGAGAGGUGCUUUGCCGGUGUUCAUCCAUCCUCUGGUCCUGUUUGUAGACUGCAGCUCCACUCCGCUGAGACCACGGGGGAAGGAAGAUUGGCUGCGGUGAGAGCAGCCAAGCGUGCCACGAAGACGUGUCCCAUGAAGGCUGACCCCCAGUUGAGAGCAAGGGCUGUCCUGUAUCGUGGAGAAGAACUAGUGAAAAUGUCCUGGAAAUGUCUUAAAGAAAAUGUGCAGUGCCCAUCGAGACGGUGGAUGUCACGUGGUCACUCCUAUGAAGAGCAAACUGUGUGGAACCCAAAGUACUGUGUGGUUGGUGACUGUCAGAUGCUGCUUCUGAAUGAGGAGGAGAUCCGUCCCUUGUUUUUACAGGAGAGACACUCUGCGCCAUGCAAGGUCCAUCUUCUGCGGCGCACUAUCAGCGUUCCAGUGGAGACACAGUUUCCAGAAUUCCACAGCCAGCUGUCCACUGAAAGCGGUAAGAAAGACAUUGUUACUUUAACCUGAAAUGACAUAGACAUAUUCUUUCCUCCAACUGCGUGUUAGUAACAUAGAAUGGCCCCAUAUGGUGCAAUUAACCUUAACACUAGGUCUUUGUUGUUGAGUCCUCUGUCUUUUGCACAUCCAGAGGAACAGGAAGUAGGCUGUGUAUAAGUUCACUGGCAAACAGCACACUAAAUGUUUGUC